AUGCCUGUGACUGUGCAAGUGAAAGAGUGCAGCCCCGAGCUGCUGGCGCAAAGAAAAGCAGUCAAUGCCCAUCUGGAGCAAAUGACUGGAAGCCAAAUCAACUGGACUCAGGCUCCCAGUGCUGCUGAGUAUCGCAAAUGGCGAAACGAAGGCCUCAAUGGUUUCCCGAAACCUUUUGUUCUCCCCGAAGCGUCGACAAUUACAAUUCAUUCGAGUCACGGAGACCAUUCAAUUCCUCUUCGUGUCUUAACUCCCGCUACAGAGGCCAAAGGCGUUUUACUUCACGUCCAUGGGGGUGGGUUCGUGAUUGGAUCUUCCGCCGGACAUGAUAAGUAUCUGAAACAGUUUGCCGACGACUUAUCUCUUGUCGUCAUCUCUGUGGAGUACCGACUGGCACCCGAGAACAUAUUUCCAGCUGCGUGUCAUGAUGUUGCCGAUGCUAUCCUUUUUGCCCUCUCCGAAGAGGGUACCACCCAACUCGGGGGCCCACUUCGAGUUAUUAGCGGAGAGUCUGCGGGGGCAUAUCUUGCAAUGUGGGCAGCGAUUGAUUUACGAAACCAAGAAAUCGAUGUUCGGGAAAAGAUUGCUGCUCUGGCUCUUUGCUAUGGAGUAUAUGACAUGAGCACUACUCCGUCUGUGAAGAGCCACACCCGGAACAUUUUCAUUAAUGCAGAGGAUACCGUUUCCUUUACCAACGCAUUUAUACCCCCUGACCAGUUUCCCACCAGCCGACUCAAGUCGGCUGAAGUAUCCCCUCUCUAUGCAGACCUGCGAGAUCUUCCUCCAGCUCUGUUUCUCGUCGGCACGGAAGAUCCGCUACUAGAUGACAGCGUGUUUAUGGCGUCCAAGUAUAGUCUUGCCAACAAUGAUGUCAAGCUUUCUAUUCUUCGUGAAGCUGGUCACGCGUUUAAUCUCGUUCCUAAUAUCGAGAUGGCAAAGGAAGGAAAUCAGGAAAUUCUGGAUUUUGUGCGCCAGCACCUUGAAUAG